AAAUGCGAUAUUAUCUUUGACGCCGAAUGAUAUGGUUAAUGCUUUGCUUGUAACGUGCAUCAAUCUCAUCGAAUUCUCGUUCUCUCAUUUUCCACAUUGACUCUUUCCUUCCUGCCUUCAUAUACACACUUCACUUGCUUAAAUUUGAAAAUGGCAGCUCCCAUUAGACUAGCAUCAUGUUCUUCUCUUACUCUGCUUGCUUCAACUUCUUCGUCUUCUUCAUUCAUUUUCACUAAGUUUAGAUCUAUACCCCAUCUGGGAUUUUCAUUUUCAGUCUCUACUGCUGCAAUUUCUGUAAAUCCCUUGUUCUGUUCUCGAAGAGGAAAACGUAUGGCUCAUACAGUUGCCAAGGCCACUCUUGGCCUCACUCAUCCUGCCGAUAUCGAAUCCCCCAAGAUCUCUUUCGCUACAAAAGAAAUCGAUUUGGUCGAUUGGAAAGGAGACAUUCUAGCAGUUGGUGUAACCGAAAAAGACAUGAUAAAAGACGAAAACUCGAAGUUCCAAAAUCUUCUCCUGAAGAAGCUCGAUUCUCAAUUAGAUGGAUUAUUAUCUGAAGUAUCAACCGAGGAAGAUUUCACUGGAAGAGUAGGACAAUCAACUGUUCUUAGACUUCCGGGUCUUGGAACCAAACGGGUCAGCUUAAUUGGGCUUGGCAAAGGCCCAAUAACUUCAUCUUCUUCCAUUUCUGCUUAUCGAAGUCUUGGUGAAUCUGUUGCUUCAUCUGCUAAAGCUUCUCAAGCUAACAAUGUCGCUGUUGCUCUUGCUUCAUCACAAGACUUUACUCCUGAGUUGAAACUCACUACAGCUUCAGCAAUAGCAACUGGUGCAUUGUUAGGGACAUAUGAAGAUAACAGAUUUAAAUCCGAGUCGAAGAAACCUUCUCUCAAGUCAAUUGACUUUCUUAACCUUGGAGGUGGACCCGAAUUAGAAAAGAAACUCAAGUACACAGAGCAUGUUUGCUCAGGGGUAAUUUUGGGAAAAGAGCUUGUAAAUGCACCUCCCAAUGUACUUACCCCUGGGGUAUUAGCGGAAGAAGCUGAAAAAAUUGCUUCAACAUAUAGCGAUGUUUUUAGUGCAAAAAUUCUUGAUACAGAGCAAUGUAAAGAGUUGAAAAUGGGUUCUUUUCUUGGUGUUGCUGCUGCUUCUGAAAACCCUCCUAAAUUUAUACAUUUAUGUUAUAAACCUCCAACUGGAUCCAUUAAAACCAAGCUUGCAUUGGUGGGGAAGGGGUUGACUUUUGACAGUGGUGGCUAUAACAUCAAGACUGGGCCUGGUUGUUUAAUAGAGCUGAUGAAGUUUGACAUGGGCGGCUCUGCAGCGGUUUUAGGUGCUGCAAAAGCUCUUGCUCUAAUUAAACCACCAGGAGUCGAGGUUCAUUUUAUUGUAGCAGCUUGUGAGAAUAUGAUAAGUGGGACAGGUAUGAGGCCUGGGGACAUAUUAACAGCUUCAAAUGGGAAAACAAUUGAGGUUAACAACACGGAUGCAGAAGGUAGACUUACCCUUGCUGAUGCUCUAGUAUAUGCUUGUAACCAAGGUGUAGAUAAGAUUGUUGAUUUGGCGACACUGACUGGAGCAUGUAUAGUUGCUCUUGGGCCUUCAAUUGCAGGCAUCUUUACACCGAAUGAUGAAUUAGCAAAAGAGGUGGUUGCCGCCUCGGAAGUCGCCGGAGAAAAACUUUGGAGGUUGCCGAUGGAGGAGAGUUACUGGGACUCGAUGAAAUCAGGGGUGGCUGAUAUGGUCAACACUGGCGGCCGCCAGGGCGGCUCUAUUACUGCCGCCCUUUUCUUGAAACAGUUUGUUGAUGAAAAAGUGGAGUGGUUGCAUAUUGACAUGGCUGGACCUGUUUGGAAUGAUAAGAAGAAAGCAGCAACAGGUUUUGCUGUUCCUACUUUGGUCCAAUGGGUUGUUGCCAACUCAUCAUCUUAAACUUUUUAAUUUUUGUUAGAUAGAUGGAAAAGUUUGUUGUUUUGAUAAAAAGAAACAAAAUGUUUCAACAUGAUUGAAAAUUUGGACUUUGUUAUAAGAAAAAAGGAUAUGGAAUGGAACUCUUUCAAGAUUUGUGAUUUGUAGUGUUUUAAAAGCUUAGUUUUUG